CAGCUGUAACGGUUUCUUCGCCGUCAUUCCAUAAAACGGCGCCGGGUGGAGUCGCCUCGGUUAGUGAAGCAGCACUUCCCGAAGGAGCGCUUCGUAGAAAUCCCCUGCGUCCGAGGCUAGGGCCCCUUGGGCAUGUCCCCGGGACCCUGGCGUCGGCCAGGCCUGUGGGGGUUGAGCUCCCCACGUUGUUGCCCGAGACGGAGUACUGUGGAUCACGACUCCGGGCUGUUGCAGGUGGCACGUCAGAAACCUGACGGUUUUGCCGGUGGGACGUGACGAAACCGGCUGGGGGCCCCCUUGGACCCGGGACCGCCCCUGGAAACGUUGUGGGUCGGCUCAAACCUUUUUAUAUAUGCUGACAAUAGAUUAUUAUUUAGUAUAAAGCGUUUUUUUUAAAUAUUAUUAUACUCUAACUCUCAUAUAUAGCAAAUUUUGAAAAUUAUUAUUAUUUAUACACUUAUUGGAAAGACAAUGACUGAAAUAGCUGUGCAGACGAUGGCGGUCGAACAGACUAACAGUAAUGCAGACCAAAGAGAGGUCUUUGACCUGCUCAUGGUCAACAGUGAACUCGAAGACUGCCUCAAGGAGGCAACUAAAAUACAGUCAAGGAAAGUCAGGGAGUUGUUUGGCAAACUCUCCUCUGAACUUAUAAAUAAAGAUAGAAUCAUAGCAGGACUUGAAUCCAAGGUCGAGAUCCUGACUACCACCUUAGAAAAAGUCCUGGCCUGUCCCGCUAGGCAAACAGAAGAGAAAAAGAAGGAGAAAAAGCCGACGCAGGUAGAGACGCCUAAAGACGCCACGUCCUACGCUGCGAUGGCAAAGAAAGGAAAAAAUAAGGUUCAGAAGGAACCAAAGAAAAAGAAGAAGGCAAAGCAGGCACCAAAGGUGAGCCCAACACCAGUGCCUCGCGAGCCAGCAGUGCUGGUUUAUCCUGAGGAGGACGGCCCAAAGACGGCGGAAGAACUUAAGGCGCUCUUAAAACAGAACAUAAGGCCCGCUGAACUGCACGUGAAAGUCACGUCAGUCAGAAAACUCAAAAACGAGGGAGUGGCAAUCUGUGUCACAAAGAGCGAAGACAUUGAUACGCUCAAGAAGGCCAUAGAGGAAGCGAAAGGCCUCAAAGGAAAGUGUGGAGUAAAGGAGCCCUCCACACGCAACCCUCACAUUCUAAUCUUCGAUGUCGAUAAAGAAAAGACACAGAAGAAGCUGAAGUGACCAAGGCACUUCGUAAACAAUUUGAGCUGCCAAAAGGUUCAGCCAAAGUCAGAAGCCGUCUCUCCGCACGGAAAGGCUAUGAGCACUGGGUAGUAGAAACUACGCCGGCUCUGUACAAAGAGAUUAAAGCGUGUGACAAACUAUCCCUAGGAUGGUCUCGCCACCGUUACAAAGAGUACCUAUGCCCUAUGAGGUGCUACAGGUGCUAUAGAUACGGGCAUACGCAAAAAAACUGCGUAGAAACAGAACAACUAUGUUCUAACUGCCCAGGAAAGCACUCCUACAAAGAGUGCAAAGA